UUGUAGACCCCACAAACAUACACUCAGGAAGUUCCCCUUCACCGGCCUCACCCCUCAAAAAUCCCCACCCCCACCAUCGCCUUCUUCGGUCACACACCACCGUAACCCAUCGUCCACCUCGCCAUCGCGGUACCGGAUCUACUCAAAUCCGUCUCUCCUACCACGACCCUGCCGUCUUUCCAUCCUAACGUUUGACAUCCAGAUCCAGCUUUUUUUUUUUUUUUUUUAGAGAAAUAAAUGCCACCUAGAUGUGUUGCUUCUCACUGUUGUUACUACUGUCACUGCCCACAGAGAAGACUAAGCUGCUAAAUACCAAGUCGCCUCGCUCCCUUUUGCUGCACCUUCCUUCAACCUUCUCAGUUUUUUCUACCACCUAACAUAUUCAGUUCAUGCAUCAUAUCAUGACACAACCUUCUUUGUCUGGCUCUUCUAUCUUCACCUAUGAUGUUUUCAUCAGUUUUAGAGGCAUAGAUACCCGCAACAAUUUCACGCGCGACCUUUACGAUAUUCUUGAUCAAAACGGUAUUCACACUUUCUUUGAUGAACAAGAAAUUCAAAAAGGAGAAGAGAUCACACCAUCACUUCUUCAAGCUAUUCAACAAUCUAGAAUUUUCAUUGUUGUUUUCUCUAACAACUAUGCUUCCUCUACUUUUUGCUUGAAUGAACUUGUCAUGAUCCUUGACUGUUCCAACACACAUAGACGCUUGCUUUUGCCGGUUUUUUAUGACGUCGAUCCAUCACAAGUUCGCCACCAAAGCGGUGCUUAUGGUGAAGCUUUGAAAAAACAUGAAGAGAGGUUUAGUGAUGAUAAGGAUAAGGUGCAAAAAUGGAGGGAUUCUUUAUGUCAAGCUGCUAAUGUUUCUGGCUGGCAUUUCCAACAUGGGUCACAAUCAGAAUACCAAUUUAUUGGUAAUAUCGUCGAGGAAGUCACUAAGAAGAUCAAUCGCACUCCUUUACAUGUUGCUGAUAACCCAGUUGCGCUAGAGUCUCCAGUGUUGGAAGUGGCAUCUCUUCUACGGAUCGGAUCUGAUGAGGGAGCCAACAUGGUUGGCAUUUAUGGAACCGGUGGUGUAGGAAAAUCAACAUUGGCUCGUGCUGUGUAUAAUAACCAAAUUUCUGAUCAAUUUGAUGGUGUGUGUUUUCUUGAUGAUAUAAGAGAAAAUGCAAUUAACCAUGGUCUUGUGCAACUCCAAGAAACACUGCUUUCUGAAAUACUUUGUGAGAAGGAUAUUAGAGUGGGUAAUGUUAGCAGAGGAAUUUCAAUCAUAAAAAGAAGGCUCCAAAGAAAAAAGGUACUUUUGGUUCUUGAUGAUGUUGACAAAGCGAAGCAGAUACAAGUACUUGCAGGUGGACAUUAUUGGUUUGGCUCCGGCAGCAAGAUCAUAAUCACUACAAGAGACAAACAUUUGUUGGCUAUUCAUGAGAUUCUGAAUUUAUAUGAGGUUAAACAGUUAAAUCAUGAAAAAUCUCUUGAAUUGUUUAAUUGGCAUGCCUUUAGAAACAGAAAAAUGGAUCCAUGUUACAAUGAUAUUUCAAACCGUGCAGUUUCUUAUGCUCAUGGCCUUCCAUUAGCUUUGGAGGUGAUAGGUUCUCAUUUGUUUGGCAAAAGAUUAGAUGUGUGGAAAUCUGCAUUAGAUAAAUAUGAAAGAAUUCUUCAUGAAGAUAUUCAUGAAGUUCUUAAAGUUAGCUAUGAUGAUUUGGAUAAAGAUGACAAGGGUAUUUUUCUUGACAUUGCUUGUUUCUACAAUUCUUAUGAAAUGGGCUAUGCCAAAGAAAUGUUAUACGUACAUGGUUUUAGUGCUGAAAAUGGCAUUCAAGUGCUGACCGACAAAUCCCUCAUAAAAAUUGAUGGCAAUGGUUGUGUUAGAAUGCAUGACUUAGUUCAAGACAUGGGCAGAGAAAUCGUGAGGCAGGAAUCAACUUUGGAGCCUGGCAAACGCAGUAGAUUAUGGUCUGAUGACGAUAUAAUUCAUGUUUUGGAAGAAAAUACGGGCACUGAUACAGUUGAAGUCAUAAUCAUCGACUUGUACAAUGACAAAGAAGUGCAAUGGAGUGGAACAGCCUUCGAGAAUAUGAAAAACCUUAAAAUUCUUAUAAUUAGAAGUGCACGCUUUUCUAGAGGUCCUAAAAAAUUACCAAAUAGUUUAGGAGUUUUAGACUGGAGUGGAUAUUCAUCACAAUCUUUGCCAGGUGAUUUCAAUCCUAAGAAGCUUAUGAUGCUUAGCCUACAUGAAAGUUGCCUUAUAUCGUUCAAAUCACUUAAGGUGUUUGAGUCCUUGAGCUUUCUGGAUUUUGAAGGAUGCAAGUUAUUAACUGAGCUACCUAGCUUAUCUGGACUAGUAAAUCUGGGGGCACUUUGUCUUGACGAUUGCACUAAUUUAAUCGCAGUUCAUAAGUCAGUUGGUUUUCUCAAUAAACUCGUGUUAUUGAGUACUCAAAGAUGCAACCAGCUAGAACUUUUGGUGCCCAACAUCAAUCUGCCAUCUCUAGAGACUCUAGAUAUGAGGGGUUGUUUGCGUCUCAAGAGCUUCCCUGAAGUAUUGGGAGUAAUGGAGAAUAUAAGAUAUGUUUAUUUAGACCAAACUUCCAUAGAUAAGUUGCCAUUUUCAAUUAGAAAUCUUGUUGGCCUCCGACAAUUGUUCUUGAGGGAAUGCGCGAGCCUAACUCAGCUACCGGAUAGUAUUCAUAUAUUGCCUAAACUUGAGAUAAUAACGGCUUAUGGUUGUAUAGGAUUUCGAUUGUUUGAGGAUAAAGAAAAAGUGGGUUCAAAAGUGUUUCCAAAAGCCAUGCUUGUUUAUAAAGAAGGAAGUCCGGUAUUGCUUGAUAUGUCCUCUCUUAACAUAUGCCCCGAUAAUGCCAUAGAAGUAUUUUGUUCUUCAUUUAUUCGUAUGAAUGCUGAUUUCAUCAGCAUAGGGAUUCUUGAAGGUAGAGGAAAUUGGUAUCAACAUGAAAGCAACGAAUCAUCCUUACAUUUUUGGUUUCAAAAUAAAUUCCCCAAGAUUGCUCUUUGUUGUGCUGUAAAACCUCCUGUGUGUAAAGGCAAUAUGUUGUUGGAUUUCAAUUUCAGUGUGCUCAUCAAUGGCACUAAGCAAUUCACUUCUUCAUGCAACUACAUGUUUUCUGCUGAAAAAAUAACUGAACAAGUUCUUAUGUGUGAUUUACAGUGCAAAGUGGAAAGAUUGUAUUUAGAGCAUGAAUGGAAUCAAGUAGAUAUUUUAUAUGAGUUUAAAUACCUUAUGCCAUGUGGCUCUAAAAGGAUAAUGGCUACCCAUGAUAGGACCACAACAAGAAAUCCAAGUUGGUCCUUCAUUUAUGCCUUUGAAGAUAACAAAGUGGGUGUCAAAUUUCUGUCGGAGUUUGAGGAACGGGAAGAGCAGUACAGAAGAAAUGAAGCAUAUUCUUGGUUUGAUUCAUUUUUUUUCGCAAGAUCUUUAUCUCCUUUAGUAAAAAAAAAGAGACCUGUCUUUCCUUUUUUCCCGGUCCAAAGGUUAGAGGUACCAGUGAUUGGGAUCGAUCUCGGAACCACAUACUCAUGCGUAGGUGUAUGGCAACAUGACCGUGUUCACAUCAUCGCCAACGACCAAGGCAACAGAACCACAUCGUCUUACGUCGCCUUUACUGACUCCGAGUGUCUCAUCGGUGAUGCCGCUAAGAAUCAAGUCUCCUCGAACCCUAUCAACACCGUCUUCGAUGCUAAGAGGUUGAUUGGUCGUAGAUUCAGCGAUAUCUCCGUUCAGAGUGAUAUGAAGUUGUGGCCUUUUAAGAUUAUUUCUGGCCCGGAUGAUAAGCCAAUGAUUGGUGUUAACUACAAUGGUGAAGAUAAGCAAUUUACUGCAGAAGAGAUCUCUUCCAUGUUACUCUGGAAGAUUCGUCAGAUUGCUGAGGCCUACUUUGGCUCUCCCAUUAGGAAUGCUGUUGUUACUGUCCCUGUUUACUUUAAUAAUUCUCAGAGACAAGCUACUAAGGAUGCUGCUGUUAUUGCUGAACUUAAUGUCAUGGGAAUUAUCGAUGAGCCCACUGCUUCAGCCAUUGCUUAUGUUCUUGAAACAACCAGUGUUGGAGAGAAAAAUGUCUUGAUCUUUGACCUUGGCGGUGGUACUUUUGAUGUCUCUUUGCUAACUAUUAUUAAAAAUUAUCAUGGCUUGUUCUGUGAGGUUAAAGCAAUAUCCGGAGACCCCCAUCUUGGAGGUGAGGAUUUUAAUAACAGAAUGGUGAACUACUUUGUUCAAGAGUUCAAGAGAAAGAACAGGAAGGACAUCAGUGGCGACCAAAGAGCUCUUAUGAGGUUGAGGACUGCUUGUGAGAAGGCCAAGAGAACUCUAUCAUUUACUCUCCAAACCACCAUUGAAAUUGUUUGUUUAUUCAAGGGAAUGGAUUUCUUCACCAUCAUUACUCGUGCCAGAUUUGAAGAGCUCAACAUGGAUCUCUUUAUGAAAUGUAUGGAGACUGUCGAGAAACUUUUGAGAUUUGCUAGGAUGGACAAAACAAGUGUCCAUGAUGUUGUCCUUGUAGGAGGUUCUACCAGAAUUCCAAAGGUUCAACAACUAUUGCAGGAUUUCUUUAACAGAAAGAAGCUAUGCGAUAGCAUUAAUCCCGACGAGGUUGUUGCAUAUGGUGCUGCAUUUUACGCUGCAAUCUUGAGUGGUGAGUACAAAAGAAAUGUCCAUGAUGUUGUCCUUGUAGGAGGUUCUUCUUUUGUUAAGAUUAUUUUGGUUAUUGAGAUCUGUUUGUUUCACUUUGAGAUCUGUUUCUUUCCAUUUGCAUGUUGUUGAUGGCUUCUUAAUUCUUUCUCUUUUCCCUCUUUUUUUUUUUCUUUUCCUUUUUGUGAAAUGAGUAUUGUUUCAUCCACAUUGGUUGAUAUUGUUUAAGAUCUGUUUGUUUACUUUGCAUGUUGUUGAUGGCUUCUUAAUUCUUUCUCCUUUCCCUCUUCUUUUUUUGUGAAAUGGGUAUUGUUUUUUGUAUAAUCAUGUUAUCGAUGCGAAAUAUCAACCCAACUUUACUGAUAUCUAAUCUCUGCCGGUGAACCUGGCUCACCACCUUUCCAACCAUGUUUUUCUCAUCCACAUUGGUCGAACAUGAGACCUUGUUUAAGAGAUCAGAGUCUAGUUAAUGUGAAUUUGUUUAUUCUAAUACAUUAGCAAGUGUAUAUUGUGGAAGCUUUGUAUUUUUGUUAUACUUUUAUGUCUUUUAGGGUGUGAUAGGUAGGUGCAUGCUUACUGAUGUUGAUAAAUUUGAAAUGGUUUUGUUGAUAACAUUUUGGUUACAACUUGCAAUCUACGGUUCAUUUAUUUUAAUGGAUUUGAGACAAAUGCAACUUUUUUCGAUAUUUUUUGAAAUAAAGUGAAAUGUCUUUCUGGAUGGACACUUGAACUUUGAUUUUUAAGAAAAUUUAAGCUGUCCCCUGUUCUCACUUGUGUGGUGCUACAAAUUGUUCAUGAAUCUAUUUAUAUGAAAAGAAAAUUUGAGUUUUAUUGUAUCAUAUUAUAAUAUUUCAAUAUCAUCAUCAAUGUCACGAGGGGUAACCUUGGUGCAACUGGUAAAGUUGUUGUCAUGUGACUAGAAGGUCACGGGUUCAAGUCCUGGAAACCGCCUCUUGUGUAAACAACAGAGUAAGGCUGUGUACAAUACACCAGGUUGCCCUUUUUUAUCAUCAUCAAUGUUCACCCAUACUUUGCUGCUUAAUAAUGUAUGUUUGCACACAAACACACAAAAGACUUGCAACUUUAAUGUAUGGUUUUGACACGACCAGCGUUGGAGAGAAGAAUGUCUUAAUCUUUGACCUUGGUGGUGGGACUUUUGAUGCCUCUUUGCUAACUUUUGAAGAGAGUGUCGUUGAGGUUAAAGCUAUAUCCGGAGACACCCAUCUUGGAGGUGAGGAUUUUAAUAACAGAAUGGUGAACCACUUUGUUUAAGAGUUCAAGAGAAAGAAGAAGAAGGACAUUAGUGGCAACCCAUGAGCUCUUAUGUGGUCGAGGACUGCUUGUGAGAAGACCAAGAGAACUUUAUCAUUUACUGUCCAUUUGAGGGAAUUGAUUUCUGCUCCUCCAUUUCUCGUGCCAGAUUUGAAGAGCUCAACAUGGAUCUCUUUAGGAAAUGUAUGGAGCAAGUUGAGAAAUGUUUGAGAGAUGCUAAGAUGGACAAAAAAAGUGUCCAUGAUGUUGUCCUUGUAGGAGGUUCUACCAGAAUUCCAAAGGUUCAAAAACUAUGCAGGAUUUCUUUGACGGAAAGGAGCUAUGCAAUAGCAUUAAUCCCGAUGAGGCUGUUGCAUAUGGUGCUGCAGUUUGUGCUGCAUACUUGAGUGGUGAGUACAAUUAGAAGGUUCAGGAUCUUCUCCUUUUGGAUGUCACCCCUCUAUCUCUUGGUUUGGAGACUGUUGGUGGUCUGAUGACUGUUAUAAGUCUUUCUCAACCUAUUCUGACAACCAGUCUGAUUUGUUGAUCAAAGUCUUUGAAGGAGAGGGAACAAGAAUUAAAGAUAACAAUUUGUUGGGAAAAUUUCAACUUUCCGGCAUCCCUCCUGCUCCUUGGGGUGUUCCACAGAUCAUUGUAUGCUUUGACAUUGAUCCUAAUGGUAUAUUGAAUGUCUUUGCUGAAGAGUGAAGACAAAAACUACUUGCCAGUUGAUCAAAAUCACCAUCACCAAUGACAAGGGAAGACUUUCAAAGGAAGUCAUUGAGAAGAUAGUUCGAGAGGCGGAGAAGUACAACUCAGAAGUUUAAGAGCAUAAGGAGGUUGAGGCCAAGAAUGCUAUGGAAAACUAUACAACACGAGGGACACCAUUAAGGAUGAAAAGAUUGCAGGAAAGCUUGAUUCCAAAGACAAGAAAAUUGAGGACACCAUUGAGGCUACUAUCCGGUGGCUAGACGCCAAUCAGCUUGCAGAGGCAGAUGAGUUUGAGGACAAGAUGAAGGAACCAGAAGGUGUCUGCAACCCUAUCAUUGCCAAGAUGUACCAAGGUGGUGCUGGUCUUGGCAUGGAUGCUGCUCCAGGGAAUGAUGAUGUUCCUUCUGGUGCAGGCGGUGCUGGCUCUAAGAUUGAGGAAGAGAACCAAACUUAGUUACUUUCUUCUGAUAUGUGGUUUAUAUUUUCAUGUAUAAUUUUGUUUUGAUGUAUUAAUCUCGCUGGAUUUAACUUCGACGUUUUGGCUGGUUUGUGAUUUUUUUGGUA